CAGUAUUUGUAUCGUUAUUGAUGAUACAGGGACCUGCUUUUUAUAAUCACCUCGGGCAUAAUGGUGAAGGACGGGUAUCUGCAAAAAAGGUUGUCAUUACUGAAAGGCUAUAAACCCCAGUGGUUUGUGUUGGCAGAUGAUGGAUAUCUUAAGUACUCUAGCGAGAAACCCACAGAUGAACAACAGAUACCAAGAGGGAAAAUGCUUUUAUUGCUUUCAGAUACAAUGAUCAAGAAGGAUAAAGUCUCUUUCACAGUAACAUCAGCCAGUAACAAUGUUUUCCGUCUGAGAGCUGAAUGCAAUGAAAAGAGGAAUAAAUGGGUCGAAGCCAUCAAUGAUGUUAGGGUCAAUUUGUACAACAGAAUGUUCAAGGGGUUUUAUGAUACAAUUGAAAGAACUCAAAUUGAAAUAGAUUUUGACCAAGACAACGACAGCAAAGAAAUCGAUGACGUGGCUCAACCAGAUGACGAGGGUAUUGUUGUUGUAUUACUCGGCAGGCAUUGA